UAAAAAGUGACGCCCAAACGGGUACCUCAUCGUCCAUGCAUCAGCAGCAGAAUGGAUGGCUAAUCUAUUGCACAUUCAAAACCCUAAACCCCUUCACCAGCCUGAUCUUCGCAUUAUCGUAAUACCCAAAUCCUUAAUUUCACAAUUUCGCAAUCAUUUCUUCUCAAAUUAACCCGAUUUAAAAAAUAAUAUCAUCUACAUAUUCGUAUCUCAAUAUUCUUUGCCAAAUUGUAUAAGCUGGAAACAGACCCCACAAACCCAACACCUUGGUGUCUUCUUCUGGUGACAUUUCCUCGAAAAGUUGUUGCAUGAUCCCCUCACAAUCUAUCCUUGCCUUUUGCAUCGUUCUUUUCCUGGAAUUUCAAUUUUUAAUAAUAACUCCCCGUUUCACCGUGUAAGGGUUUCUUUUGACACCCUCUGUGUCUUUAUUCCUUUCUUCUGGAUGGACUGGUUUUCUGCGAUUUCACUUUGUCCUGUGGUUCCUCCUAGGGUUUGUUCAUAUUGUGCAUAGCUACCUUCAACAGAUGGGUGUGCUUGAAAACCCAUACUUCUGAAGCAAAAUUACAGUUUGGGAAAUGCCGUGUUGUUUAUUUUCAAUCAAGAAUCCUGCUCAUACCUGAAAACCCAUAUCCCAGUGUCCUCACUACAAGAUACUCCGUACAAUUUGUCAAUUUCCAUUGACAAUUGUGCUUUCUCCGCAAUUUCUCACCAACCCCUUUCUAGGGGUUUAGGGUUUGUUCUGUAGGUACUUGAAAUUUGGGUGGAGAAAUGGGUUGUAUUCAUGGGAAAUGUUGCAGGAGACGUCCUUCAGCUUCCGAAGGGGAUAACAGGGAAAAACAAGGUGCAGUUUCUGAUCAAACCCAUAUCCCUACUGCUAGACCUUUACAGAUUGCUCAUGUGCCUUCUCACAACUUGAGGUUAGAAUAUUCUGUUCUCACACAACGUGGUUAUUACCCAGAAUCUCCACAAAAGGAAAACCAAGAUAGCUACUGUAUUAAAUCACAGCUUCUUGGAAACCCCAAUGUCCAUUUCUGUGGAGUCUUUGAUGGGCAUGGCCAGUUCGGCACAGAAUGUUCCAUUUUCGUCAAGGAUAGGUUAGUCGAGAUCAUGUCAAGUGACCCCACAUUGCUGGAUGAUCCAGUCAAGGCUUUCAACUCUGCAUUCUUAACAACCAACGAAGAACUUCAUAACAGUGACAUAGAUGAUUCUAUGAGUGGGACCACUGCCAUAACGACUCUAGUAAUUGGAGACAUGUUAUACGUUGCUAAUGUGGGCGACUCGCGGGCCGUGCUGGCAGUCAAGGAGGGGAACAAAGUUGUGGCUAAAGAUUUGUCCAAUGAUCAGACUCCAUUCAGGAGUGACGAAUGCGAGAGGGUGAAGCUUUGUGGGGCCAGGGUUUUGAGUGUGGAUCAAGUUGAGGGCCUUAAGGAUCCGGAUAUUCAGUCUUGGGAUGAUGAGGUGGAGGGUGGGGACCCACCUAGGUUGUGGUUUCAGAAUGGGGUGUAUCCUGGGACUGCAUUCACAAGGAGUGUUGGGGAUAGUAUAGCUGAGAAGAUUGGGGUUAUUGCUGUUCCAGAGGUUUUGACGGUUAAGUUAACAACUAACUAUCCAUUCUUUAUAGUUGCCAGUGAUGGGGUAUUUGAGUUUCUCUCCAGCCAAACCGUGGUGGACAUGGCGAACAGAUACCCGGAUCCAAGAGAUGCAUGUUCAGAAAUAGCUGCAGAAGCGUACAAGCGAUGGCUAGAGCAUGAAACUCGAACAGAUGACAUAACAAUCAUCAUCGUAUACAUUAAAGACUUAUUCCAUUCAGGUGUUAGAACCACUGACUGUGCUGAAAGAAAUAGGGAAACAGGGGAAAGGGUGUCUGAAAUUUUUUUCACUCCUACUGGAUCUGAAACUUCUCUGUCAGUGAAAGGGGAUGUCUCUGAGCUAACUUCUUCAGUGAAAUCUCAAACUUCCCCCUUAGCUCUCUCCUAGCUUAUAACACAUUUUAACUGAAUAGAGAGAGAAUUUUCCUGUUUUCAUGUGUCUGAAAUGGUGGUUUUGCUGGAGAUGGCCAGGGCUUGCACACCAAAAUGGCAGCAAUUUUAUUUGCUAGUGCAAAUCUCUUUGCCCAGGGACUUGAGAUAUUUGUAUUACCAACCAUUUCUAUUUUCUGUCUGAUACAGUGAUACUCUAGCACCAAGAAGUGUCUGAUUUUAGGUCCAUGAGAGCUAUUGAAGAUGCUUCUCAUUCCAUUAGGCUGGCCAAAUAUUGCAAACGCAUGAGCAGCUCCUUUGGAUAUGUUUUUGUUUCAAAGUGGUUAUGAGUAGAAGUGUUAUGUUGUUGAUAAAUGUGAUCCUAUUGAAAGCUUUCUAAAAUAUUGAAUAUUGUUUGGCCAAGUAUUUUCCCUUCUUUCUCCUUAAGAUACACACUUCAAAAAAAUGGUAAGAAGUCCAAAA